AAGCAAGCGACGUCGUUUAUAGUUUGAUGAUCUUGUCGGGUAACGAAACUGCCCCUUGAGUCAAAACAGGCUUCUUCGUGUCCGAUUCUGAACGAGCUCGCUCUUUCUCAUCCAAUUCUCUCCACCGUCUUCUACUCCGAUCAAUCUUCAAAUUUUCUUAACACUCAUCGACCAGAUCGAGUUUCCAUCGAUCUAAUCAAUCAAUCAUCAGAUUUGAUCUUCUCAAGAAGAUGAGCUUGAAGGGUACGAUCGUAUUACUAGGGCUCUUAUGGAGCUUCCAGGCUACGUUAGGGAUUAGAUUCGUGAUAGACCGUGAAGAAUGUUUCUCCCACAAGGCUGAAUAUGAAGGUGAUACGCUUCAUGUCUCUUUCGUCGUCAUCAAGUCUGACUCUCAAUGGCAUUUUAACGAGGAUGGUGUAGAUCUUGUGAUACAUGGCCCAACAGGCGAACAAAUUCAUGACUUCAGGGAGCAGAUAAGCGCAAAGCAUGAUUUUGUUGUCCAAAAAAAAGGGGUUUACAGAUUCUGUUUCACAAACAAGUCUCCUUAUCAUGAAACCAUUGACUUCGAUGUACAGCUUGGUCACUUUGCAUACUACGAUCAACACGCAAAGGACGAGCAUUUCACUCCCUUGAUGGAGCAAAUAUCAAAGUUAGAGGAGGCUCUUUACAACAUCCAAUUUGAACAACAUUGGUUAGAAGCUCAGACCGAUCGUCAAGCUAUCGUGAACGAGAACAUGAGCAAAAGAGCAGUACACAAAGCUUUGUUCGAGUCGUUUGCACUGAUUGGGGCAAGUUUUCUCCAAGUUUAUCUUCUGCGUCGCUUGUUUGAACGCAAACUCGGCAUGUCUCGUGUCUAAAAGUAUCGAGUUUAUUAUGACUUUGAACUUAUUUUGCCUUAAAAUGUACCAGGGAAUCUUUACUUAAAACCUUUUUACAGACAGAUCGUAGUUCAUUGGAAGAUUUGCUUUCUCCCAUGUUCAAGAACUAAUCCUCUCGUGAUGAUAAUUCUUUUUUUUCUCUUUAUUAACAGACAACUUUUCCACAAGCUAGGUUUUCAUUUCAAUAGAGAAAAUAGUGAUUCCUUAAAACCUUUUUUCCCUAAAACAAAGAGAAUAACAAUGUG